ACUGUAAAGCUCUGCAUGCCUCCCCACACACGUCAACGGCCCAUUUGUCGGUCGGAGUGGUCGGCUGCCUUUCCGGUGCUUUUGAUGCGUUCACUGGCGGCCGUGACUUCAUGGGCCUAUGGAAAUACUGUAUCAAAUAACUGGCUUCCGUGCUCGUUACACUUGAAAAAGCAGCCCGAACCCUCGGCGGAUAUCCUUCAGUUUUCCAGAAACCCCAGCGCCGCCGUAUCGCAAUUCAUCGUCUCCGAACGCAAAAAUGGCGGUUAUCGACAGCACGGACGUUAUCAUCCUGUCCGCCGUCGGAAUCCUGACAACCCUUUAUGUAUUUUACAAGCGGAGCACGAGCAAUAGGAGCUCCGGUGCCGUUGUGUCAAAGGGAGCCUCCGGCGGACCGUCCGGGUCCGUCAAGCCAGGCUCCGCCGAGGUCAAGUCACCCAGCAAAUUUGGCAAGAAGUCUCUCUCUGAAAAAAUAGCGUCCGUCUCCGGCGACUCAUGCCUAGUCCUCUUCUACGGUUCUCAAACGGGGACCGCGGAAGACCUGGCACUCCGUUUUGGAAAGGAUGUCACCUCAAAGUACUCUGUGCCGGCGCUCAUCCUCGAUGUUGAAGAAUACGACAUGACUGAGCUAGCGGAUGGUGAUGCACUGGAUGAAACCACGAACGGCAAGAACAUUUUGUAUGGCUACUUCCUCGCCACCUACGGCGAAGGAGAACCAACCGACAAUGCCACAGAGUUCUACGAAUGGAUAAUGUCCGGGAAAGGCAAAGGUGCCGAUGAAGGCGAUGAAGACGGCGACGACGACGAACUAUUGGAGAAUAGACCGCUUGAGGGAAUCCACAAGUACAUCAUCUUCGGUCUUGGCAACAAAACCUACGAGCACUUCAACGCCAUUGCACGCCGUCUCGACAAGCGUCUCAAAGCGAUUGGUGCAAAGAGGGUUGGCGAGUUGGGUGAAGGCGACGACGAUUGUAGCAUGGAAGAAGACUAUGCAGCGUGGAAGAAGGGAGCCCUGGCCGCUGUUGCUGGGCACUUUGGGGUGGAAGUGGGCGAAUCCGGCACGAAGAAGGAUGAGCCCCAUGUUCCCACUUUCAAGAUCAUAGAUGUGGCUUCGAGCAACGGUUCCGAUGUCGAAGUAUUUAGAGGGGAAUACAGUGCAGGGAAACCACGGAGGUGGGAGAAGGUGAAGAUCGGGGCCGAGGAGUAUGAUGUUGUCGACGGUGGUGAUGGGGAGAAGUAUGUUGAGAUCAGUGGUGCCAAAGUUAAGCACGACGCUAAACACCCGCAUUACGGUCGCAUCGUCACAACCAAACCCCUCUUUACUGACGUCUACGACGAGUUCGCUUUCGCACCAUCCGUCCGUCUCCCCGUCGAAGUCUCGAAUCGAUUCUCCAUCAACGAAAAGAAGAUCCGCAUCGAACGACACUGCUUGCACGUCGAGCUGGAUCUGUCAGGCUCCGAUCUCAAAUAUGAGACAGGUGAUCAUGUUGGGAUCUGGCCGGUGAACGAUGAGGAGCAUUUGGAGAGGUACAAGAAGGUGCUGGCCCUCAGCGAGGAGGAGCUGGAUAGGGUUGUGACGUUGAAGGUGAACGAAGAGAACCGAUUGGCGGCAAAUAGCAAGAUUCCGUUCCCUGUGCCGAGCACUUUGAGGACGGUUCUGUUGCAUUAUUUGGACUUGACGGCUAUUCUCAAGCAGUAUCAGUUUGAGGUUCUCGCCAAACAUGCUACGAACCCUGCUGAACGCGACGCCCUGUUUCAAAUCGCAGAGAACCGAGAUAUCUACCUACCUUUCGUUGAAAAGUCCCAAAAGGAUCUGGCCCAGGUCCUGUCCCACUUUCCCUCCGUCAAAAUACCCCUCUCGGUCAUCAUCGGCGAGCUGCUACCACGUAUCUCUGUUCGUUAUUACUCCAUCUCAUCGUCAGCGAAAGAAACGCCUAAAACAGUGGGCAUCACGGCCGUGAUGGUCCGGCACGCGGUAGCGAGCACGUUCGUACCUGGGAAGGAAGGCGAUGAGACCGGCGAAGUAGUCAUCCGCCAAGGUCUUGCGACCUCCUGGCUGCAACGCCUCCAUGAAGCCAAACAGCAAACAACCUCACGAACAAAUGGCGUGAACGGGCACACAAACGGCACGGUCACAACUCCAACCCCAUCACUCCCCAUCCCCCAAUUCCACCUCCCUCUCUACAUCCGCACCUCCUCCUUCCGCCUCCCCCGCAACCCCCGCCUCCCCGUCAUCAUGGUAGGCCCCGGCACCGGCGUCGCGCCCUUUCGCGCCUUCACACGCGAACGCUUCCACAUCGCCGCCAAGCAACCGCAAACGGCAGUCGGCCCCACAUGGCUGUUCUACGGCUGCCGGCAUCCGGACAAGGACUACCUGUACAAGUCGGAGUUUGAGGAUAUGAAGACGAAGGUCGAGGCGGGCGAUGUGAAGAUGGAGUUGAAGGUUGUAGAUGCGUUUUCGAGAGUGCCGGGCGAGAAGAAGGUCUAUGUGCAGGAACGGCUGAAGGAGUUUGCGGAGGAUGUGUGGAGGAUGAUUGGGACGCAGGGCGCGUACUUUUAUGUUUGCGGAGACGCAAAACACAUGGCCGCCGACGUCCACGCCGCCCUCGAACACAUCGCGCUCACCCACGGCAAGCUCGCCUCGGCCGAAAAGGCGAAAGCCUGGGUCAAAGACUUGCGGUCUCAGGGACGAUACCUCGAAGAUGUCUGGUCCUGAAGGUCGCUCACCAACAGGACCAUAGUUUUGGGGAAUAUAGAACGAGACACCUUGGUGCGGUUAUCACCGGGUUUAUGUCGUAUUGCGGACGGAAACAUUUACCGCGUAGAUGGGAUAGUGGCCGCUCUGUGAUUUUGUAGCUUAUAUGAUUCCCUGUAGAAAUCUGUUUUCCUCUCAUUAUUAUAUAUAUGCAUUUUCAUACUGAGGGUUUUGGGGUUGA